CCAGCUUUAUCGCUGCAUCCAGUAACGCUGCCGCCCGGCACUGCGUCCUCGCGCGGUCCUGAAGUAAACGCUACAGUAUCGACGGCAACUCUCCAUUGAUAGAUAAGCUGGAGCUCGCUCACUUGAUCUGUCCAAGAAGCAUCAACCCAAAUCUAGCUUCCCACUUCCAAGGGCGACGAUGCACGUCUCCUUUGGCGGCUUCAUUCUUCUCUCAUCCUCUCCCAAACCCUAGCAACAAUCGCUACAGGAUUCUCUAAAGACCUUCCGAUUGCAGACCAAAGACACUCCGUCAAUAUGUUGUUCGACGAGUCCUCCCUCUCCCGCCACCCCCAUCAUCGUGCUUACAUCUCCCCGACCACGAGCGUCCCCUCAUUGCCGACCUUCUCCGGCAGCACCGGAGGCGAAACAUCAAGCCCCCUCCGCCCCUCUCCUACUUCGUCCACAUCUUCUUCGUCCGCAUCACGCCUUCACACCACACCCUCGUUCGCCUACAACGGCCGAAUCGCCGUCGCCCUCGCACCGGCUACCGCCUUCCUCCUGGACCUUGGCGGCGCUCCCGUCGCCGUUGUUCUCACCAUUGGCCUGAUGGUCGCGUAUAUCCUUGACUCCCUCCGCCACAAAUCUGCCGCCUUUUUUGCGGUCUGGUUCUCCCUCGUCGCCGCUCAGCUUGCUUUCUUUGCCUCUGCCUCCUCUUCCCUGGCCGCUUCGUCCUCCAUCUCCUCGCUCCCGUUAACUGGACUGGCACUCCUUCUCUGUGCGGAGACUAAUUUUCUCAUCGGUUUAUGGGCCUCCCUGCAGUUCCGCUGGAUCCAGAUUGAGAACCCCUCAAUUGUGGCCUCCCUUGAGCGCCUCCUCUUCGCAUGCAUUCCAGUUGCCACCCCUGCUAUCUUCACUUGGGCGGUCAUCUCCGCCCUUGGCAUGGAUAAUGCUGCCUACUAUUUGUUGGCCUUUGCCUGCAUGUCUUAUUGGCUCUACUCUCUUCCCCGCUCUUCGUCCUUCCGGUCCAAGCACGAGUCCUCCACGGACUCCCAAAUACUCGGCCCCUUGGAGUGUUGCAUUCAUACCCUCUACCUCAUCUUCGCCCCUCUCCUUUUUCAUUUCGCCUCUCAUCACUCGACUGUCUUCUCUUCCUUUUCCUCCAUUUGUGAUCUACUGCUACUCUUCUUCAUACCUUUUUUAUUCCAGCUUUAUGCUUCCACAAAAGGAGCUCUCUGGUGGAUCACUAAGAAUGAGAUUGAGAUUCGGAAGAUCCGGGUGGUGAAUGGAGCAGUGGCAAUGGUGUUUGUUGUGAUCUGCCUUGAAGUCAGGGUUGUGUUCCAUUCCUUUUCAAGAUAUGUGCAUGCUCCGCCUCCUCUAAACUACCUCCUGGUCACGGUGACUAUGCUUGGAGGGGCCUCGGCCGUGGGCUCUUAUGCUAUAGGCAUGGUUGAUGAUGCUUUUAGUUCUGCAGCUUUCACAGCUUUGGCUGUUUUUGUUAGUGGAGCUGGUGCUCUUAUCAUUGGUUUUCCCUUACUGUUCAUUCCUAUUCCACUGAUAUCCGGAUUUUAUUUAGCACGGUUCUUUACAAAGAAGAGCUUGCCAUCAUACUUUGCUUUUGUGGCAUUAGCAAGUCUCAUGGUAUCAUGGUUUGUUGUGCAUAACUUUUGGGAUCUCAAUAUUUGGAUGGCUGGUAUGGAUUUGAAAUCUUUCUGUAAGUUCAUCUUGUCAAGUGCGAUCCUUGCUAUGGCCAUUCCUGGUUUUGUGCUUUUCCCGUCUAAAUUACGAUUCUUAACCGAACUCGGGCUUAUUGGUCAUGCUUUACUGCUGUGCUAUAUAGAGGAUCGGUUCUUCAACUAUACAAGUUUAUAUUAUUUUGGAUUUGAGGAUGAAGUUAUUUAUCCUAGCUAUAUGGUUGUGUUGACGACCAUUUUGGGAUUUGCUUUAAUCAGGAGGUUGGUUUCAGAUCACCGUAUUGGGCCAAAGGCUCAAUGGAUUUUAACUUGCUUAUAUUCGUCGAAAUUGGCAAUGCUAUUUAUUUCGUCGAAGUCCACUAUGUGGGUGUCAGCAGUUCUGCUUUUGGCAGUUUCCCCACCUUUAUUACUUUAUAGGGAUAGAGUGAAAGGAGCUUCAAAGAUGAAAAUUUGGCAAGGUUAUGCUCAUGCUUCUGUGGUAGCUUUAUCUGCCUGGUUUUGUAGGGAAAAUGAAGCGCUUCAAUGGUGGAAUGGUAUGCCUCCAUCAGAUGGUCUGCUUUUGGGAUCUUACAUACUCUUGACUGGAUUUGCUUGCAUACCAAUCAUUGCGUUUCACUUUUCCCAUGCUCAGUCUGCGAAAAGAUUCCUGGUGCUUGUAGUGGCCAUGGGCCUAUUGCUCAUUCUUUUGCAGCCUCCAAUCCCUUUAUCUUGGUCAUUUAGGUCAGAGUUAAUUAAAGCAGCACGCCAAUCCUCUGAUGACUACUCCAUAUAUGGUUUUGUGGCUUUUAGGCCUGCGUGGCCUUCCUGGCUACUAAUAGCAACGAUAUUACUAACAUUAGCAGCAGUCACAAACGUCAUUCCCAUCAAAUACAUUGUUGAAUUGAGAGCAUUUUAUGCUGUUGGAGUUGGGAUAACGCUCGGCAUCUACGUGUGCGCGGAGUACUUCUUUCAAGCUGUGAUCUUGUAUCCUUUACUUGUCGCCACCAUCAUCUGUGCUUCCGUUUUCAUAGUUUUCACCCACUUUCCAUCCGCAUCAAGCACGAGGAUCUUACCUUGGGUGUUUGCUCUCAUGGUGGCUCUCUUACCUGUAUCAUACCUAAUGGAAGGCCAUCUCAGAGCGAAGAACUCUAUUGACGAUAAUGAACCAGACAAGUUUAGCACAUCGUUGGCAAUCGAAGGGGCAAGGAUGUCUCUUUUGGGUCUUUAUGCCAUGUUAUUUAUGCUGAUAUCAUUGGAAAUUAAGUUUGAAAUGGCAACCCUAAUGAGAGAGAAGGCUGUUGAAAGAGGAGUUGCUCACAACACCGCUUUUCAGCCCAAAUUGAGGCUCUUGCAACAACGCAGGGCAUCUGCUUCGCCUGCUUUCACGAUCAAGAGGCUGGCAGCUGAGGCUUCAUGGAUGCCUGCUGUUGGUAAUGUUUCAACUCUUCUCUGCUUCAUCAUCUGCCUCGUUAUCAACAUGAGCCUCACUGGUGGUUCGAACCGUGCAAUAUUCCUCUUGGCUCCUAUUCUGCUACUUCUCAACCAGGAUUCAGAUAUUCUAGCCGGUUUUGGAGACAGGCAGCGAUAUUUCCCGGUGACAUUGGCGAUUUCGGUGUUCUUGCUUUUGAAUGCUGUUUUCAGGAUUUGGGAGGAAGUUUGGCAUGGAAAUACUGGAUGGGGACUUGAGAUUGGAGGACCUGGAUGGUUCUUCGCGGUUAAAAAUGCUGCUCUUCUUGUUCUUACUUUACCCAACCACAUUCUCUUCAACCGCUUCAUGUGGGACUAUAUUAAACAGACCGACUCGACGUUGCUUCUGACGAUGCCGCUUAAUUUACCACCAAUGAUUAUAACUGACAUACUUACGGUGAGGAUUUUAGGAUUUCUUGGUGUUAUUUAUUCUCUAGGCCAAUAUCUCUUAUCAAGGAGGAUAAGAAUGGCGGGAAUGAAGUAUAUUUGAAGCAGGCUUAGCCUUCAUCAAGUCCAAUUUUGGAGUUCUCUGGUCUGCAUUGUCUGAAGAAUGAAAUUUUGUGAAGGUAUACGUUUUAGUUAAAAUUAUGAAAGAGAAGAAUGGUCUGGUUUUCAAUCUUUGUUGUUUGUAGAAGCCAUAUUUUUCCUAAACAAUUGAAGUUAUAAGAGAAGAUUUUAUUUUUUAUAUUUUUGAAGCAGAGAUGAAAAAAAAAACUGUCCGAGUUGAUGAGGGGUAUAUGCCAUAUACUGUUUUUUCUUCUGUUUAGGGUCUAUUUAUUUUGGUUUAAGUCUUGUAAGCAGUUGAAAUCAAAUUUUGCUUUUGAUUGGAUUUAAUGUUUGGAGUCAGUUUGUGGUA